UGGAUUCAGGAAUAGGCUACAUAACCAGAGGAGACUGGUUCGCAGAGCAAAAAAGUUUCCUCCGUGUAGACAGAUGUUUGCACUCUCUAUCCUUGGGUUGUGUGCACACAGAAAUCUGAGAAUCGCAUUUCACGUGUGAGCGCACGGAGGGUUGGACACACUGAAGGAGCUUCAGGAGACAAAGAGACGCUUUACCGUGGAAGCAGAAAGUGAGAGAGGGAUACAGAAAAGAAAGGGAGAGAGAGAUCUUAUCUCACUCUCCCAUUCACAGUUUACCAAGGAUCGCAUCCAGCGGCUAACUCCACACUGCAAUAGGACAAUGUCUAGUAAAGCGACUUUAGCCUUACUCAUCUAUGGAAUCAUAAUGCAUUACAGCGUCAACUGCUCGCCUAUGGGGCUUAGCUAUCCUAACGUUAGACUUAACAAUGAGGUUUAUGACGAGGAUGGAAAUUCUUUACCGGACCUGACUUUUGACAGUGAUCAAAUUGCUUUGCGAAGCCCGCCGUCUGUUGCUGACGACGUGUAUAAGUUAUACUACCCACCGGAAAAAAGAACGGAAAGGCAUGCAGACGGAAUGUUUAAUAAAGCCUACAGGAAAGCGCUGGGUCAGUUGUCAGCAAGGAAAUAUCUUCAGUAUCUGAUGACAAAACGUGUAGGCGGAGGCAACACCAUGGAAGACGACUCUGAGCCCCUGUCCAAAAGGCACUCGGAUGGAGUGUUUACGGACAGCUACAGCCGUUACCGAAAGCAAAUGGCAGUCAAGAAAUACCUGGCGGCCGUCCUGGGGAAAAGCCCUGAAGACAUAGGUUUUCACCAUAUUCUACAAGACAUAGACUUUGAUGUCCUCCUGGAUGGGGAUGAGUUUGAGGCAAUUUUGGGAGACUGGCUGAAACAGUUCUCUCCCGAAUUUCCGGUGAGUCCCUGGCUCUUUCCCGAGGCCAUGUCUUGAGGGAUACCUUCUGUCCCUCCCUCUUUAUUCUCACCUAAACCUUCCCCUGUGAUUUUCCACUCCAAACACACAACCCGAUCUCCUUCUCUCCUCAUUUGUGCUCCUGUCUCUCCUGAGAUGUUGUACAUGCAACUGUAUCUCUAUUCACAACUAUAUACUGCAUGGCAGACAUGCAUGUACAGUAUGUAUGAAUGUGAAUAUGGAUGCAAUAUAAACAGCCCUUGGUGUUAUGCAUAGAUAUGUUGUACAUAUCAAUGUUAAUGGCUAUAAAUAUGUAUCUAAAUUCCUUGGAAACAUCCUAUAGGAGGAUGUGAAAAUGCCGCUAAACAUUAUCGUAAAAUAAAUAAGCAAUGGUUUGACCAAACAUGGCUUUAGAAGCUUACAGAUGGCAGUCAUCCAUUUUGACGGUCCUUUGAGGACAAUGGUGGGGACACUAAUGAGAAAGUCCCUCUUUACAUGACAUGAGGACCAGAGUGCUUUUGAGGUUUUUCUUUCUUUCCUUCCUCCUCUUUGUUGUAAUUGAAAACAAGCCUACACCUUUGAACUUGUGCAAAGUACCUAUCUUGUGUUCCUCUCUAGUGCUAUCCAUGUGUUUGAAAUGCUCUUGAAAACCUGGAAUGCUGUGAAAGGUUUUCUUUGUCACUUUGUCUAUAUAAGAAGUAUUGUGAUUGGAAAAUUGUCAUGUGGAAAAAAAAGAAUUCUUACAUCUUACUUCUUAAGUAUAAUUUAUUUACUUAAACCAAUGAUACUUCUUAUAUGGGUUCACUUUUAAUCGUCAAUUUGUUGUUUUUCAUAAGGAACAUAUCAGAGGCAAUCUAAAGACUUUGUGUUGCACUUUCCUGGUCUAUAAUUGUGCUUCCCCUGUGUGAACCUAUGUAAGACCUGCUAGAUCGCAUGAUUAAAGUAAUUGCACUAGCCACCAAAUCUGUGCAAACCACUGCAAUGAUAUGAUUCUGUUUGCUCACUGAUUCACAUAUACAUACAGUACCUGUAUUUCUAGAUGUUGUUUUGUUUUUGAUCUCCCCCAACAUUAGUACACAAACUGUGAUGGAUGUUUCACUACUGCCGUAUUCUGAGGAACGAUCUGAUGAAUGUACUACCAGAGAAAAUCUCUUAGAUCUUCUAGACCCCUUAGUCUCUACCCCACUGUCCAUUUUGUCUUCUCUCACGAGCAAGAUUUUAUAACAGUCCAAUGUAAAGUUAUAUAAUGCCAAAAACAGACUUGUAUGAUUGUUGUUUUGAAUGUUUUAGCAUUGAAAUGCUGGAAAAACCACCCAACAGACAGUCCGAGAGAGACUUAACCCUGAUGUAAUGUGCGUUUGGAAAUGGAUUCCAACCAAAUCUUAAGAUGUGAGACCUGUUGAUUGCUCAAGUAAAAAGGCGGGGGUGGACCAUGCCUAAUCAAUUUUACACGAGGGACGUACUGACUGAAAGAGGGAGGGAGGGAGAGGUAUUUAUGUUCAACAGUCUAGCAGAAAGCCAGUCUCUGUUUUGUGUGUUCACCCUUGGGUGAAACCAGGUUUAGGUAAUAUAAACCAACAUUGCCUGAUCAUAACAUGGGCAAGAUUGAAAACUCACUGAAACACGUUCUUAUGAGCCUUGUGAAAUGAGAAAAACAGAGCAUUCGUCUGUCCCCGAGCACAAACACACAAGGUGCCCUCUUCCUUGACACUGUUGAGAACUCCCAUACCAGGCACAAAUCCUGCAAGACACAUAUAUCUGAGCUUUGUAUCAUGAGCACUGUGGGGCAAAGUUCUUCGAUCUGUACCUGCCUGAUGAAUCGUGUGUAUGAAAUCAAUCUUUCUUUAAUUCUGCAUUCCCCCCAGGCUUUGUGACGCAGGAAGCAGCUUGCGGCUAUGGUGCCUUGCUUCGACUUUAAAAUCGCCACGAAUCACAGAUGGCUAUUUAGUGGCCCUACAAUGCUGCACAUCAUCAGCUUACAUUCCACUAUCUGGUUGUUGUUUUUGUGUUGGGCAGACCUUUGAUUGGAUCUUUAGUGCCAUCCGGCUUAGAGCCAGAGCUCUCUUGCUCAUACUAAUUUCUUUUUGCAUUUGUUUUUAGAGAACUAGACAUUCAAGUUUUGUGAUAGAUAGCAGCAAACAUCAUCAUUUACCCUCUCUCCAUGAAGCAUAAUGUGUAUCAUAUUGAAAGCGCCAAUAGCCUUACUAAACGUGAAGAUUAAACUUAAAAAAUCUAUCUAUAUAUUUAUUGUGUAGAAACCUGAAUAUUAGAGAGUACCAUUAUAAUGACAAAUGGCGAUCCACAAGGGUCAAGUCUAUAAAUGUUUAAAAAAAAAGGUGUUGUAAGAUUUGUAUGAAUAAAUUUUUGUA